AUGUCAAGUUCUAACGGUACCCAUCGUCUUCCUCAAGUAGUUCUCCUGACCAGCUCUGGUGCAGGUCAUCUUACACCUUUACUUCGCGUAGCUGCGUUACUUCUUCACCAUAACUGUCAAAUAACUCUAAUCACUUGCCAUCCUAUUCUCACACUCGCCGAGUCUCAACUCAUCUCUAAGUUCCUAUCAGCUUUUCCUCAAGUCAAAGAAAAACAACUUCAUCUUCUUCCUCAUGAUCCCAAUAAUGUCAAUUCUAAUAUUGACGACCCUUUUCUUCUCCAAUGGGAAACUGCUCGUCGUUCAGUUCGUCAUCUUCUCUUGCCACUUCUCUUGUCAUUAUCUCCAUUUCCUUCUGCUCUUGUCUCUGACGUAACCUUAUUUCCCUCCGUCAUUGAAAUUACUGAAAAUUUAAAUCUUCCUGUCUAUGUUCAAUUCCCUUCUUGUGCAAGAAUGUUCUGUCUUUUCGCUUAUUUUAGUGCAUACAUGACUUCUUCUUCCACUAGAUCUAAUGAUAAUAAUGAUGUUAUUGAAAUUCCAGGCGUUUGGCCAAUGGCUAAAUCGACAGUCCCUCCUUUACUUCUCGAACCGAAAAGCAUCUUCUACUCCAUUUUCAUGGAAGAUAGUAAGAAGAUCCCUAAGUUGAGCGGCAUUUUUAUUCCAACCCUUGAAACGUUAGAAUCAGAGUCAUUAACUGCUCUUAAUAGCGGUAAAGUAGUUGAUGGGGUGCCGCCUAUAUAUCCUAUUGUACUUAUGCCAUGUGAUUUUGAGAAACAUCUUCAAGAAGAAAACAAAAUAAUGAAAUGGCUUGACAAUCAAUCUCCAAGGUCAGUAGUGUAUAUGAAUUUUGGCAGCAAAGCAGCCAUGUCAAGAAAGCAGAUAAAAGAGAUAGGAAACGGAUUAAUAACGAGUGCGUAUCCGUUUCUUUGGGUAGUAAAAGAUAAAGAACUUGAUAAAGAAGAUACAGAGAGCUUGAAUGAGGUUCUUGGAAAUGAUUUAAUGGAGAAGCUAGAAAGAAAAGGGUUAGUAGUUAAAGAAUGGGUUAACCAAGGAGAGAUUCUUGGUCACGAAGCAGUAGGUGGAUUUGUAAGUCAUUGUGGGUGGAACUCAGUGCUUGAGGCUAUAUGGCAUGGCGUGCGCUUGCUUGCAUGGCCUCCAAAAGGAGAUCAGAAGGUAAAUGCAGAGGCAAUCGACAGGGGUGGGUUUGGUUUGUGGACAAGAACUUGGGGAUGGGCUGCAGAGAUGGUAGUGAAAGGGGAAGAACUUGGGGAAAGAAUUAAAGAAAUGAUGACAAGUGAAGAGUUGAAAUUGAGAGCUGAACACAUUAGGGUGGAGGCAAGGAAGGCUGUCGGUGAUGGUGGUAGCAAUGAAAUUGUGAUCAAGGAACUAAUUGAGAAAUGGAAGUAA